UAUUUUCUUAUUUGUUUCAGGAUUUAAAUAAAAAGCACAAUGAUGAACUGAAUGAGGUAACAAAAGGGUUAAAAUUAGAAAUUUCAUUGCUCAAACGACCACAUGAUGGCAAGUCGAGUCGAAGCAGUGUGCACCAGUUGAAACAAGAAAUGUGCAUGGAAUACACAUCAACUCUUAAGGGAUGGGUUCAAACCUGGUACAGUGAUUGUCAGGAACAACUGGAGGCUCUGAACAGGCAAAUUUAUGAGGUGUGGCAGCAAGAGGAGUCACAAUGUCAGCAGUCAGAUGCUGAUGGUCCAGGAAAAAUAUCUGUAACUCAUAUUGACAUUAGGAGGCUCCUUGAGGGCAAAGAACAACUACUUGCACAGGCAGAAGGUAAAUUUGGGUUUCUUAUCUAUUUUCUGUGUUGCUGUUGCUCUUCAAAAUUUGGUUAUCACUGCACUGUACAAGUGACUGUGAAAAUUAGGAAUAAUGUGACCAAACUGCUUUGUCUCUGAUACAUUA